UACUCAAACCGUUCUGUACAUUUUCUUCACCGAUUCCGGCGGCGUUAUCUUUACUUUUCCGUUUUAAUCCUAUCUAUUUUCCAUUAGAUUAGUUGUGAUGUCUCUUUCCUUGUUGUUUUGGAUGAAUCGGAGUUUUCAUCUUUACUUUCCGAUUUCUGGUGGAAAUCACGGAGUGUCACUAACUCCGACGGUGACAGGUUCUCCCCACUUCCUGUUUCAGUUAUCGACGAUGGUCCUCGUCGGUUUUGGCGUGAUGGUUUUCCCUUUACUAGGGUGGUAUUUUCCGGUCAUUGAUCUUGGAUUCAGUGUCGGCGUUUGUUCAUCAGAUUCUGGGUUUGAUGGUGUCUUUCCGGUGGUAGAGAUUCGGUCAUCUUAUCUUCAACCAUUCGAUGUUUGUCUGUUAGCCUUACGGUUUAACGGUAUGUGGCGAGCUUUCAAACAACCAUGGCCACCACCAGAUUUCAUCUUCUUGGAUGAACGGUUUGGAAAUCCUUCAUCACGUACGGGUUGGUGUGGAAUGAUAAUAAUGCACUGUAUGGUGGUGCAUGUGUGUGAUUGGUUUCAACCAUUUGCUCAAAUAUUUCGUGAGGUUAUGUUGAUAAUCAAUGGAUGGGUUAUAGUAUCAUUGGUUCCAUCAUAUCACGCAUUAUUACAGGGAAGUGAAGCCUUCAAAGCAAUAAAGAGUCAGAAGAGGUCGUUUCUACAUUAUAAUAAAUUGAAGACAUGGUUUUAUGGAUUUCAAAACAAAAGGAUAUCGAUGCCAUGGAUGUGUACAACUAAGUAUGUUAUCUCCUGCAGCGGGAGUGCUUGGGACGGAUUGCGAUGUAACAGAUGGAUCGCAUCCAAAGAUCUUUUUAGCAAAAGGUAUUUACUCAUAAAAUUUGAGAGCCUCAUAAAAGAUUUUAAAAGACCAAGAACGAAGUGGAGAAAAACUAGCGAAUCAGCCUAUCCUACGAAUGCGUUAGGAAGCAUCGUGUUAUUGUUGUCUCUGUUAAAAGUUCUUCUUAACAACAUGUUUGUUGUAAUGUAUGUUUCAUGUAAUUUGUUACAUUGACUGAAAUCAAUAAAAUUAGAUGUUGUAAAAAAAAAAAAAAAAAGCGGGGGCGAAAUCCUGUAAAUGACACGUGUCUUCUCUAGCUAAUGGACUGGGUCAUAAGAAAAGUUGAACGGCCCAUUUUCGUUUUCAGAUAUGGUCCUUUCAAAAAAUGAAAGACCGUUUAAAAUCAAGGGACCAAAUCGCAAAUUGUUAUAUUUAUUUUUGUGGCCACAGAAACACAAAACCAAUCAGAAUCCCACGACGACGACGACGACGAUGACGAUGGCUUCUCUCGCGACUUCCAUCGCCGGAACUGGAACCUCCAAGAUUCUCAUUUCGUCAACUUCAAAUAAAAUUGGGUUUCCCGUAAUCUCAUAUCCCAACUCGAGAGUCUUCUUCCUUUUCUCUAAAGCUGGGAUCUUUCCCCGAUCGGCGAUACGUGCUUCGAACCAAGAGGAAGCCACGGUUUCACCUUUCGAAUCCGUUGCAUCAUCGCCGGGCCUCUACUCAGCUCAGACUUUCGAUUUGACUCCUCAAAACGUCGACCUUGUCCUCGAAGAUGUUAGGCCGUUCCUUAUCUCCGACGGUGGGAACGUCGACGUUGUCUCUGUUGAAGACGGCGUCGUUUCUCUCAAACUCCAAGGCGCUUGUACUAGCUGUCCGAGUUCUUCAACAACGAUGACGAUGGGAAUCGAAAGGGUACUCAAGGAGAAGUUUGGAGAUGCUUUGAAAGACAUUCGACAAGUUUUCGAUGAAGAAGUUAAGCAUAUAACCGUGGAGGCAGUGAAUACUCAUCUUGAUAUACUGAGACCAGCGAUCAAGAACUACGGAGGAAGUGUGGAAGUUUUAUCAGUUGAAGGCGAAGACUGUGUUGUGAAGUACGUUGGACCAGAAUCCAUUGGAAUGGGAAUUAAAGCAGCGAUUAAAGAAAAGUUCAAGGACAUUUCUAAUGUUACCUUUACAAGCUAGACACUAUAUAUAUAUAUAUAUAUAUAUAUAUAUAUGUAAAAAACACAAAGUUGCUCUUUGUUUGAGCUUAUUUCAUUUUGUAAUGUACACAUCACUAGUAGUCUCCUAGAGCCAUCUUGCAAGGUUGAUCAAGAACGGUGUGUAGACAAAGUAGUAUGUUGUUGUCCAAGUGAUCAAUCCCUUCACAAGAAAACAAAAAGAAACUCUUUUAUAUUGUUUUUGCUUAAAUAAGAUGCAUGUAUAAA